AUGGAUAAACUUCUCUCAUCGUUCUUCUGCUGCUCGGUUGACACAAAAGACGACACAGACGACCGAUACCACCGGCAAUCGUCCCGCAAGUCCAACGUGACAGACACCAAUUCCAAUUCGGGGAAGUCCCCGUCGCCCCGAAGGUCGAAGAAUAGCCUGGGAACAACAGCUAAGAACACCACUAGCACAAAGCCGACUCUGGCGACAGAAAACGGCAAGCAUCAAGUUGAUAUCCUGAAGGAGGAGCAUUCAGUCAAUGAUACCGACACCAUGGCUAAUACGAACGAAUCCAACCCUAACACUCCUAUAGGUACCAACAAGACUGUUGCUGAUGUGGGCAAUAAGACUGACGAGUCCGACGAUAUAAACGUUGAAGGUCAGACCGACGACCUGAGCUCGUUUAUGGACCUCACCAAAAUGCAAGAAGGGCAAAAAUACGACGAGGAAUCCGGAUGGCUUUUGGGUAUCCAGCCCAAAGAGUUCAAAGGAAAGAAAUGUCUCAUUCUUGAUUUGGAUGAGACCUUGGUCCAUUCGUCCUUCAAGUACUUGAGAACAGCAGAUUUUGUCAUCCCAGUGGAGAUUGACAAUCAGAUACAGCAUGUUUAUGUGAUAAAGCGGCCUGGUGUAGACGAGUUUCUCAAGAAAGUGGGCCAGUGGUUUGAAGUGGUUGUUUUUACGGCUUCAGUUCUGAAGUAUGGAAAUCCACUUUUGGACAAAUUGGAUAUUCACAAGUCUGUUCACCAUCGUCUUUUCCGUGACUCUUGCUACAUUUAUCAAGGCAAUUUCAUCAAGAACUUAUCCCAGAUUGGCCGGCCUUUGAGUGAGUCGAUAAUCAUUGAUAAUUCGCCUGCUUCGUACAUCUUUCAUCCCCAACAUUCUAUUCCAAUCUCCAGUUGGUUCAGCGAUACGCAUGACAACGAAUUGAUUGAUUUAUUACCAUUCUUGGAAGAUAUCUCCAAGCCUAAUGUUGAUGAUGUGGGACUCGUUCUAGAUAUCACCCAGUAG